GCGCUGAUAGAAACAUGAAGACUAUUUUGGUGUGUAGAAAAGUUCAUAGGUCUACAACAUGAAGAGGACUUCUGUAUUGGAUGCCACAGGUAACCUUACCUCUAGGUCUAACAUCUAGAAUAGAAGAAGUAUCUAGAAGAAUAUAAUUAGAAGAACAAGGAUUACACUUCUAGCUCGAUCUUUUGCACUCUUUUCUCUGCUUCAAAGCUUACAUGUCCAAAUUCUCUAGUAUCGUAACUCCAUAGUUUGUCAUAUUCUCCGAGAAAGAUGUGGCGUCGUGGUGGAGGUGGAGUAGACCGCCCGGUUUCUCUGCCUGUGGAGAGAGACCUCGUCGGCAUAACAGAUGCGGAUAACCUGUACGAGUUCCCUAGCGCGUUGCAGGGCUGUAAGGCGGAAUUAGAUGAGUUACGCUUAGACAUCAGGCAUCUACUUUCGUGCGCGACUCAACUACCUGAAGAUGCGUCUAAAAAGCCCUUCAGCGCUGCAGCAUGCACUACUAAGGAACAGUUAGAGAAGAGAGGACUCGGGAGCGGCUUCCUGAAGAACUCUUUCGAGACGAAGCUAGAAGAGGUGCGCACGCUGUUCACGUCGUGGCAACAGAAGCUCUUCGAAGAGCUUAAUAGUGCCAAAUUUGAUGGGUUCGGAGAAAAAUGGCUGAGAAAUGUUAACACGUAUUGGCCACUUCUUCUUGCCGAUGACGAACUUGCCACACCCCUCAAGGUCCAGGAUGAUGCUCUGGCUUCUAAACUUCGUGGACUACUUCAACAGUACGCCAAACAGGUGCAGUGUGUUACUAGUCCUUCUAAUCAGCGGCAGAGGAACGAUAAUGGAGGACAAAUAUUAAUUCGGCCGGAUGACAUCACCUUCUACAUCAGCAACCCCUCUGCGUCACUAGUAGCUCUAACCGAUUACGACGCCACGAAUAAAGUGAUAAAAGCCGCCGUGAAGUUCGUUUUCAACCUCCGCUACACAUUGUUGAACAACGAAAGUGCGCAACUAAAUCCAGAAGUGCGCUACAAAUCUCACGUGAAUGAUCGUGUAGAAGAUGACUUUGAGAAGACGGAGACGAUCCCCUCCUCGUCUCGCAAGAACAAGGACAAGAAGAAGUUGAAGACGAACAUCCUCUCGUUCGAGCACACAGUUAACAACGUUGAGUUUUCGGCAACGAAAGAUGAGUCCUCCCAUCGAGAAACCCAUCCGUGGAGACUGGUUCCCGCCGGGAGAAAGCGAAGAAUCUCCGACGGAAACCCCAAGACCAACACCAAGAUGAAGGACGCCAAGACUUGGAAAGAAUUUGGGAAGGACACCGGGCGCAACUUAUUUGCGCGACUUGGUGUUGGUAUUAAUGUCUCUGGUGCCGAUCGUAAAUGGCGCGUGUCCCUCUACAACAUUCCGGUGAGCAAGAAAGACAUCACGGAUCUCAACGCGCAGUUGAAGAAUCUUUUGGCAAAGUCAGCGGCCGCCUCCGGGGAACCUUCAGCUCUCUUCGAGAGUCGUGCGCUGGAGAUGCCGACUUCUUUGCAGACACGCAACCCGAAUGGCCUAGCGCCUGCGGAGAAGCAGCUACGCGGUUCAGGUCGUUCUGAUACUCAUGCUAACUACUCACUUCCUACGAUAUUGCUAUUUGUAUCUAUAUUUUGAGCUACUGAUUGACUCAGAUUCUGAUUAUAUUUUCUUAUGAAUCAUGUAAAUGUGUCUACUUAGAAAGGGAAGACAACGAUUGACAUCUUCACGCGAAAUACUCUACAGUUAUUAGUGUUACCUUCCAGGAGAAGUCUGAACGUGAUGACAUCUACUUCCAACGCACCUACCACCACCAGGACGAAGCCUCGCAAUCAACGAUAUGAACGCUAUUAACGAUGCGGAAAAUAUGAACGAAGACGGAAUGUCGAUCGUUCUUCUUGGCAUGGCUGGAGCGGGAAUUGUUUUGUUGCUGCUUCGUUUCUUCUUUCGGCGUCGUGCGGGUGCGCGUGGCUCGUCUAAAAAGAUGAUGGUGUCGCUUAGUAGCGACGCUGAGGAACAAGAUAUCACCAAUGUUGGGACCUCUGACAAUGUCGCUCGCGACAGCGAUGCUCUCGAUGAGAGUAUGUUUCAGGAUGCGAACGAGGGCCGAAAGACAUCGUACCACUUUUUUAAAGUAUCGACUUCGAAGAUUUUCAUUUCUACUAAUUAACAUUGAUCAUGUCUGUUGCUCUGAACCUUCUCUCAAGUUCGAUUUUGCAAGAGCUAGAAGAUCUAGUGCCAACCAAAUUUUUCGUUGAAGUAGAUUAUAUCAACAAACUCGCGCCUACUUCUACCUCCGCUACAAACUUUUAUCCGCAGCACGAUUUCUACGCUCGGUCGACGCAUGCCCCUCGCAGAUGGUGUCUGGUUCAAGAUGGACGCUUCUGCCACCACGUCGCACACCAAACAGUCAAUCAAUCAAUCAAGCGGAUUCCCUUUGCUUGUCGCGCGCGGAGGAGACCUUGCCACGAAGUCUUCGUAUCGCACUUUUUCUAUUGUUGCUCUUUCUUAUCUUUUUCCUACGUACUCUUAUUUAUAAUUCUCUUUGUAUGAUUUAAGAGAUUAGAAGAUACUAAAAAUCUUGUGGUUUGAUGUGCCAGACACGAUAUGAUCUUCACGAUCGUGGACAUGAUUCAAGUACGAAGCAAAGUGUCGCAUUGAUAUACGUAGUGCCAAAUACUAAGGCAAUAAGCUCACUUGGCAGCAGAGCAAACGCAUGACACUACUGAAAGCAAGGCUUAACUUUAUCAGUUAGGGCGUUCUGGUUCCCUCACUGAUUAAUUGCAUGAUCAGGCCCUCGCCCACCAAACCGAACCCCAUUGCACACGAGAAGGAUGCACACGAGAAGGAUGCACGUGAGAGGGAUGCACAUGAGAACCAUGUGGCUGAGAACGAUAUGGCUGAUAACGAUGUGGUCGGGUGCAUGGCGUUUGUCGAUGCAGUUGUGUCUACUUCGUACUUUUUCUUCUGGAAUAUACCUGUGACGCAAGUUCCCACUUUUUCUUCCUCGAAUCUGACGUCCUCUAUUGUAGUGAACGAAUCAGCGCCAACAUGGAAAAUUACUGAUACAAGAAAUGCGACGAGUCCCACUAUGAUAGCUGUUGAUAAGACGACUCUCAGCACGAUGAUCACAUACGGGCAGCGUGCGCUGCUAGAUCAUGAUGAUACCACUUUGAUGCUGGCCGCCUCUACUACCACGACAUCCCACAACAUGAACAACGCGGCGGCGUUGAUUUUCAUGCGCCUGUCCUCCUACUUUGUCACACUCAGACUGUACAGCUGAAAAAGCCGUAUACUGGACGCUCAGAAUCAUCUGGCAAACAAAUUGAGUUACGUGUAAAAAUAAAAGCUGUAUAAGUAUGACAAUGACUCUCAAUUUGAAUACUGCUACUCAACAGCCAACUCGAUGCUGCAGACACUCUCUCACUCUCUCACUCAGCAUCAAAUCCGACGUCAUGAGUAUUGAGAGUAGUACGAAACACAGCAAAGCGGGCUUGAGCAGCAUGUUACUCCAAUGGUAUUUUAUUUAAGACUAUGGGGACUAAAGAUCAACAACAAAGAUCAACAGCGUCAACUUCUACAAUAACAAUUUCUUGAAAAAAGAUUACUUAUUAAGAUUGAUACAAGUACAACCUCUCGAAAACACCAAUCAGCCCGGUGCCAAUUGAAUCCGUCGUUUUGAUCGAAAAUGGAAGCCCAAGCCAAUGGCCCUUAUUGGGUGCCGCAGCAACGAAGGACGACUAUGGGUCGACAGAGCAGUAAGCCGCAUGCCUGGCCGUGAAGUCAGGAACUAGGAAAAACAAAAAACAUGGCACACACUGGGUAAGAUUUUGAUGUUGAUAGUUAUAAUAUAGUAUGUCUAGUAACAGUGUAAAGGUGAACAAAUCAUGUAAAAGGGGCCUUGAACGUCGUGGCUAAGAGGUAAAUAUUGGUAGAUAAGUGGCAUCUUCCUGUACUAGUGCAGUUUUAAUAUUAUACAACAUGUACACGAUAAGCUUAAGCAUUUGAAUCCAUGUGAGGAUAUCUGUAUUUCUUUGUACCAAGUAGAGUAAAGAGCAUGAGUUGCGUGCACGACUCAGCGUGGCCGCCGGGGGUCAUUUGGAAGGCUAGAAAAAAUUCGAAAAAUUUUAGAUGGACAGCAUGAACGAAGAUAGAAAUUGCGUGUAACUGUAAGUAGAUACAAGAAAUAUCUACAAAUUAUCUGACCGACAAAAAACUAAUAGCAAAUCAUCCUCCAUGUAGUAUAUCUUCGCUAGUUUGUUAAACCCAACGAUUCCACCGCUUCGAGUUAUGUGAAGAUAGAAGUUGUGCAUAUGAAAUUUCCUAAAGGUGAAGCUCAAACUUCAGAAGCUUCACUUGUCGCCACCUCUGGAAGAUUAUGUCUCUGUCUCUGCCAACGGAGGAGAACUAUGCUCGAUUAUGGCUCUGCCAACUGAGGUAGCGAUAGAGACUAUAACGAGAGGAGACGAGUCGUUUCUGAGUCCUUGAGCACUGCCUGAAGGCGCCGAACACGUUAGAUGGGUUUUUAUGUAAGAACCUUGUUUAUUGGGAUUCACGACGACAAGAUCAUGCGUACUUAGUUCAGCAUUCAUAUCAUAUCUGAGAAUCAAUAUCAAAAUGCAACAAAGGGAAGAAGAAAUAUAGGACAGUCUUGCAACUAAUUAGAGAUGCUAGGUACAUCAAUCAAAUCAGCGGCCAUUUUUCAAAAAGAAACUCGUAAUCAAAUUAUGUCGCAAACCUUGCGCAUCUGAAUUUCGUGUAUUGCGUUUCGAUUAAAUGCAUCUUCAUGAGGCGAUAGCUUUUGCCAUCGCAAUUGUACAGAGACUCGCACAGGAUUUCGCUCCGUAGGAGUAUACAUAUAAAUACAUUAUAGAAGUAUGCGUGUAUGUAUGGAAGUACGCGUGUAGGAUAGUUGUUCUUGUUCGUUCAGGGAAAUAUUAGGCACCUUGCCGAAACCGAAUAGAUUGCAAUUUAUUACUAUGUAUGUGUAUAUUGUCUGUUCACGAUUUAAAUAGGAUCAAAAUUAAUGAUAUAGAUAUAACAUCGAUCACGUACACAACGACCAUCACCCUGCAACUUAUUACGUCAGCGACGCACAGGCACAACAUGUUCCACGUACUAGAUGAACAGAGCAACAACGCGGAGCUGUGCUGUUGCAUACGUGAAAUACUGCAACAGAUGAACAGGAGAUGAACAGGAUACGUAGUGGACAGCACAUCAUAUUGCGAAUAGGAGACAUCGUAGAAGAAAGAGACGCCAAGAGGCUUCUAGUAGUACUACUUAUGCUGCCUAGGUGGAACGAAUAACACUAAACGACGUCGAGCAAUAAAGGACGGGCUUCUUCUCUCCGGUGUUACUUGCUUUCUCUGGGCCCACUCAUGCUGGUGCGUCAAAAAUAUCGAAAAAUUUGCUAU